UGGGGAGGUGAAACUCGAAACAUCACAAGUGUCAGCACAUUUCUCUUUAGCAUCCAAAACUUAGCAAACAAGCUUCCUUUCAAGAUGAAGAUCAAUGACUCACACACCGAACAAGCACUCUACAACGAUAACAGCAAAGGACCUGUCUUUAGCCCGGAUCUUCAGAUUGGCUUCGAAGAAAAUCUUAAAGUUCAACGGUACAGUACAUCCAUAGGUUUGGGCACGUCAUACGAGCUACCACAGGGAUUUGAACGAGGAUCUCGCGAGACGCAAAACCUACUAACAGGCUCACCAGAGUUUUCAGUGGACGAUAUUGAAGUAUUCUAUUAUGAUGUUCUACACAAAGCAGCGCAGCUCAUCAAUACAAAGUCUUUCCACAAGAGCCAAUUCAGUGCAUCAAGUGAAGAAAAACUCUCCAACUUCUCCGCGUCAGAGGCAAAGAUGUCGAGGAAAGGAUGGUGUUCUUACGACCAAUCACAAAACCAAUAUCUGAAGCUAAAUUUCUCUAGAACUGUCCAAAUCCGUGAAAUAGAGUUUACUGGAUCUGCGAAAGAUGAUGGACAGAUCCAGGGAUGGUUGACCAGGGUUAAUGUGACCAGAUGGCCUGCGAACGAUUCCAUAGAACUGGAUUUAGGCAACAUCUUAGAUCCAAAUCAAAAAGUCAUUAAAAAUAUUGAUAUUGAAGCGUCGAGUUUGAUGAUCGAGGUUCGGAAUUGGAAGGAAAGAAUUUGUAUGCGAAUAGAAGUAGUCGAUAAUGUUGGAAACAAGCUGGUUGAAAGUUUGCCAGACGAGGCCAUGACAGCGUCUUCUUAUGCCUGUGAAACACCAGCACAUCGAGCUCGUUUCUUGUUCCCUUGGAAAAAAUGCAUGAAUGCAUGGUGUGCAUCGUCAACUGAUACGAACCCUUGGAUCCAGAUUGAUCUGAUCCAGCCACAGGUCAUAAUCUAUGUAGGAACACAAGGAGCAUAUAACAAGGACAUCGUGUUGUCAUAUUCCUUAAUGCAUACUAUGAACGGUACAUUGUGGUAUAACUAUACAGAAAAUGGAAGAAAAAAGAUUUUUGCUGGGAAUUCAUUUGCCUGGAAAGAAGUGAAAAACGCUGUUCUGCACCCCUUUCAAGCUCGAUCAGUUCGUCUAGUGCCCUUAAGAUGGAAAGGCCUUCCUUGCUUGAGAGUAGAAAUUUAUACUCAGGACAAGUGUUCCGUAUCCAACUGGGGACUUCAAAUUUCAAGUACAAACGAAGGGGAUUUCCAAUGGCAGCAACUAGGGGCAUCGACUCCUACACCUGGAACUGGCAGUAUAAAUAUACUUGCAAAUGGACAACAAAAAUACGAAAACGUUGCUCACCUGAGAUCCACCAUAAGCCAUUCUAAAGAUGUCAUGUAUGCUUGGAGGGCUUUGGAUGGCCGUCGAUCUAGUUUUUCUACCAUCCUAAUUGAAGAACCUCAGUGGUGGAACGUAGACUUUGGAAGGAGUGUCUACGUGUUUUCGGUUGAAAUCGAUGCUGAUGUGCUAACUGAAGCCCAAGUUAACAUUGAGCUGGAUCAUCGUGCGUCAACAUCAGCAGGAGCACUGUUUACAGAAUCAUCAUUUCCUCGAGUUCAAGGACACAAGGCAUAUCUCAGAACAAGAACUAUCUUGAACACUAACAGCGUUGGAUGCGUAUAUUUUCAAUAUGUCAUGCAAGGAAAAGAGAUGGGAAAACUCUCCGUAUACAAGGAAAGUUACGGUGGCAAAGAGAAAACACUGUUGUGGAGGAAGGCAGGGGAAGAAGAGCCUCCCAUUAAUAUCGCCAUUGCUCAGUUUCCAGUUCAUAGUGAAGAGCCCUUUCAGAUUCUGUUUGAAGGCGUCGUUGGACCUGGGUAUUUGUCAGACAUAGUUAUAUUGAAUAUUCACAUUAAUUCGUUCCUGCCAAACUGCGUAAUAAGACCAAAUACAGCAUACCUACCUAGAARAAAAGAAUUAGUUUCCAGCAUUAUUGGACACGUGACAACAGUUACGUCAUCUCUUGAGGGCUGGUUAUCYCAUGUGGGAUGGGGUGAGCGGUACUGGAGACCAUGCUACAGCAGUCAGAAAGAUGGAUGGAACGCUACUGUGUUUCAUACCAACUGCGAUAAUGUAGGGCCAACCGUUACAGUGGUUAGAGCAUUUAAUCAUGUCUUUGGAGGCUUCACCGAUCAGUCCUGGGACAGUAAGUAA